AUGCCUAAUUGGUUUAAUCGCCCUCUUCAAAUGCCCCGAGUAAAACACUCGACAUUUGAUUUGUCUAACGACUUGAAAACCUCUAUGCGUGGAGGUUUCCUUACUCCAGUCGGUGUUGAGGAAAUUAUCCCUUCCGACAAGCUGCUGAAACAUAACACCGAGGUGUCUUUAGUUACAGGCACAAAAGUUAAUCCGUUUAUAAACGGAAUUUUCGACUAUCUUGGUUAUGAUGUCUAUGGACUUUGUGACACUACGCAGGAUGAUGAAGAUAUUUGGAUUCAUAAAAUGAUGAUAGAUAAUCCUCUCCCUUUCUUGUCUUACCUUUGUAUUGUUCGUGAUUGGUACUGCGAUAGCAAUCUCCAGAAGGCAACUAUGAACGAUAUAGAUGAGAUUAUAGAGCUUUAUCGUGUUGCAUGUGCUGAGGGUCAUUAUCUACCUUCAUCGGAGUGGCUUCCAGAUGGACAAGAAGCUAAGAUUCAGUUGUUCAAUGUAGCCUAUACAAAAGACUACUUUAAUACUGCACGUCCAGAGCCCCAGAAUGGGUCCUCAAAUGAUGCAUCUGUAUUAGUUGAGCAUAAUACUGGUAAUUUGUUUGCUAAUUACUCAUCUUAUCCGAAGUUGAAUGAAACGACAACUGUACGUGAUCUCUGGAAAAAAGAGAUGAUGCAGCGUUACUUUGAAACGGACAAUACUUUCGGUACUCGCAUACGUGAGAAACUUGCAGGUCACUAUGGUGUGCGUUAUUCAGACCAACGUAUACAAAUACCUAUGUUUUGUGGUGGUUCAUCAUCAUAUACUCAAAUUUCCGAAGUGCUUUCUAACUCUAACGCUACGGAUGUACAAGGUAACUCUGGUCUUGGUGAUUUCGCUGGCAAAGGUAUAGCUGUAGACAAUGCCCAUUCACGUACUGAGUUCUUCGAGGAACAUGGUUAUUAUAUGACACUUCUUUCCGUUAUUCCAGAUAAUGGCUAUUGUCGUGGCAUGCAGCGCAGUUUCUUCAAAAAGAACAUCUUCGAUUUCGCUUCCCCAGAGUUCAAUAAUAUUGGUUGGCAAGAUGUCCUCAAUGAGAGCUGUUUUGCGAUGGCUUUAACGAUAAAGAUACGUCCCGACAACGUUAUCAAGAAUUGCAGGGGAAAAAAGGCUACUGCUGGAAUGUCCGAUAGAGAGCUUAAUUUGUACUUUGCUUGGAAAGAGCAACAAGAGAAGUGGUACGAAGGUUAUCGUUCUUGGUAUGAUUCCAACUAUAAUCAGCACUAUAAUUCAGAAGCUGAACGUUUGAAACGUUUGCAGGCUAUUGGUCAAAAUCCAUUCUAUACAGAAGGUAUUGGAAAUGACGCUAAUCUUUCCUCUUUCAAUAAUCCAGAAGCUCCUGCCUAUAAUUCCGAACAAGGUUCUAUGAUGAAUGUUAUAAAUAGCGUUCUUCAAGGUACUAUGCAAAUAGCAAGCUUUGCUAACAAUCUCCAAUCUUCCGAGGUUGAUAGAGAAUUAGUGCGUCAAAAGGCUAUAAGUCAAGGCUUGGAAAACUCCAAACAAAUGUACCUUCUUGGCUUCGGUUACGAUUACAAUAAUGGCGAAGUAAACAAAUAUAGUUCACAUGCUAUAGGACUCCCAGAGAAUUCACGUAAUGGAAAAGCAUUUUUCAAAAUGCAGGAUACUAUUCCAUAUUGGGCGGAUACACCUUUUGCACACUUGACUUCUGGGCAGAUAGCAAAUCUUCAGUCUAGCGGUGACUUGCGUAAUUACCAACUUAACAAUAUUAUGCCUUCACUCGCUAACCUUUAUCGCAUGCAGUCCGCCUUAAGUGGUCUUCCUGCGGAUAAACAAAAGAAUUUGAAGAAAAGGCAAAAUUAUAGACAAAGUAAGGGAGAUAGAUUUAUGCUUGCUGCUGCCUUUAACAAGAAGAAUGGUGGACGUAACUUCUUCCUUACUCUAACCUAUAAUGAUGAAGCAUUGUGUUGGGCUUUACCUCCUAAUAAGCACUCUGGCGAAUGGUAUCCAUGUUUUGAGCCGAAACACCUCAAGAAUUUGUUUAAGUAUCUCCGUGACGAUAGAGGAUAUCACUUUCGUUACUUCGUGUGUUGUUUGUGUAACGAUGAAGGUAAGCGUUACAAAUGGGAUGUACGUAAACCUUGGACACGAAUAAGUAACGGAUUUGGUAUUGAUGCAAUACCAUACCUCAAUGAAUAUAUACAUAAUGACGGAAAUAUUCGAGAUAAGUGUCCUUUAGUUACAGGCACAAAAGUUAAUCCGUUUAUAAACGGAAUUUUCGACUAUCUUGGUUAUGAUGUCUAUGGACUUUGUGACACUACGCAGGAUGAUGAAGAUAUUUGGAUUCAUAAAAUGAUGAUAGAUAAUCCUCUCCCUUUCUUGUCUUACCUUUGUAUUGUUCGUGAUUGGUACUGCGAUAGCAAUCUCCAGAAGGCAACUAUGAACGAUAUAGAUGAGAUUAUAGAGCUUUAUCGUGUUGCAUGUGCUGAGGGUCAUUAUCUACCUUCAUCGGAGUGGCUUCCAGAUGGACAAGAAGCUAAGAUUCAGUUGUUCAAUGUAGCCUAUACAAAAGACUACUUUAAUACUGCACGUCCAGAGCCCCAGAAUGGUCCUCAAAUGUAUGUACUUAAUCGUCCUUUUUUCGGUUGA